AUGGCUGCGCAGGACGAUGGUGCGAGCGGGGAGAUUAGGACGAAGACACAGCAGAGCCCGCUGGCGUCGCAGAGACCUGAUGGCCAGGUUCCGGGUAGGAUCGCGAAGUGGUUCCCGCUGAGCGCGUCGGAGGGGUUCUCGCAAUGGUGGGCUGGCCUCUCCCCCAUGGCGACCGAGCACCGCGUCCUCUCCUUCAUUCCCUACCUGCAGAGCCCGCCUACACAUACACAGACCGGCUCAGCGCCAGCCUCGACGUUUCCCUCGUCAGCAGACCUCGCAGCGGCGCCGCCCAAGAAGCCCGAGGACCACACCACGACCGACACACUUACUGACCCGUACGGCCCGCGGCGAUGGAACUCACAGAUGGUCGAGCUGAGCGGCAAGGGGCGCGCCCUGAACGAGUUCAGCGUUGAGCGACUUGGCGAGGACGUCGAGGAGAAUCUCGUCAUGCUGCACGGCUACGGCGCAGGGCUGGGCUUCUUCUACCGCAACUUCGAGGCCCUCUCGCGGGCUGAAGGCUGGAAAGUGUACGCUUUGGACCUGCUUGGUAUGGGCCGCAGCAGCCGCUCAACCUUCAAGAUCCACGCCAAAGACAAAGACGGCAAGAUCGCAGAAGCAGAAUCCUUCUUCAUUGACGCCCUCGAAGAGUGGCGCAUCAAGCGCGGCCUCGAGCGCUUCACCCUGCUCGGCCACAGUCUAGGCGGCUACCUCGCUGUCGCCUACGCGCUCAAAUACCCAGGCCACCUGAACAAGCUGAUCCUCGCGAGUCCCGUCGGAAUACCCGAGGACCCGUACGCAGUGAACGAGGAGAUGCCCGAUCCGAAUGAUUCCAGAAUGGUCAACGAGUUCACCCAAGACGCCUCGAGCACUCGCAACGGCGUCCAGCCCUCCACAGCAGACAACAACAACUUCCUCAACCAAGCGAAGAAGAACGCCGAAAAACCCAACCAGCCCCCGCGCCGCCGCAUGCCAGGCUGGCUCACAUACCUGUGGGAAGCCAACAUGCUCUCCCCGUUCUCGUUGGUGCGCUGGAGCGGUCCGCUGGGUCCGCGUCUCGUGUCGGGCUGGACGAGUCGGCGAUUCUCACACCUGCCGGAAGACGAGGCACAAGCGCUGCACGACUACAGUUAUGCGCUCUUCCGCCAAAGAGGGAGCAGCGAGUAUGCGCUUGGGUACCUCCUCGCGCCCGGCGCGUUUGCACGCUCGCCUUUGAUCCGCCGUAUUCAGGGCGUUGGGCGCCAGUGGAUCGGUCCACACGCCACGCCCAGCGUUGACGGCGACACGCCUCCACAAUCCCCCUCUUCCUCACCAGCAUCACAAGCCCAACCCCCAUCCGCGCAGAGAACAAGAGAAUCGGGAUUUCCAAUCAUCUUCAUGUACGGCGAGAACGACUGGAUGGACGUCGCCGGCGGGUAUGCCGCGGAGCAGAAGAUCAAAGAGGAGCGAGAGAGAGUGUUGAAAGGGAAGAGUCGAGAAGAGAGGGAGAGGGAUCAGGCGAAGGCGAAGGUGGUUAUUAUCAAUAAGGCGGGGCAUCAUGUUUAUCUGGAUGGGUGGGAGCAGUUCAAUCGCGUGAUGCUGGAGGAGAUGAAGGAGACAAGGGCGAGUGAGAAGAAGAGGAUUGCAUGA